CCUCGCACUGCGCAAGCGCGCCUUCUGCUCUUUUCGUUUUUCUUUUUUAAUGCUGUCAGUAUCGAUGGCCGCGCUUGGCGCGGUGAAUGUGGAACGGUGUAAAAAGCUGCUGCGGCUGCACAAACAGACGACAACGAAAACAAAAUGACAGCAAUGCCGGCGGCCGCCGUGGCGUGGCGCAGCGAGCGACAGGGCUCCCGUGCUGCGGCAGCAGCCAACAGCAGCGAAGCAGGUGGCACCGGCUGAAACAUGGCGGCAGCGGACGCAUCGGUGCGGUCGCCGCCGCCUCAAGAUUCGGUGGACGCCCGCCUUCGUGUCUCGAAAAUUAUCGCCGAAGACGUUGAAGCCGCGGACCUCCAGUGGUCCCUGUUCGUGGCCGCGCUGCGCUCGUACCGCUACGACACCGUGCUGCGACCGUUCCCGACGUCGUUCGCCGAUCAAGCGACGGACACGAAGCGCAUCGACGAGCUUCGCGACGUGGCGGCAAGAGUUCCUCCGCUUGUAGCCCUGUUGCCCGCCGGAAUUCCUCGGGAGUCCUGGGAGCUGCUACUCUGGGUCCUCACGUGCGGCGGCGUCCGUCUCAGAACUCAAAAGAAGGAGGACGUCCCCGAACUGAGCGGCGACUCGGCCGUCGACGCCGUCUUCGAGGUCGAGCACAGCCCGCAGGUCGACCGGCGCUUCGAGGCCGCCCGCGGAGACCGCGAGGUCUUCUUCGCUUACCACGGCUCGCGGUUGGACAACUUCUACUCGAUCCUGCACAACGGCCUGCUGGCUCACAUGAACAAGAACUCGUUGUACGGCACCGGUACCUACCUGUCGAGCGAGCUGAGCGUCUCGGCCACCUUCAGUCCGGCCGGGUACGGCUGGCAGCACUCGCAGGUCAGCCCCGAGCUCUCCUGCGUGGCCAUGUGCGAGGUGGUCGACCAUCCGGACGUCAAGUGCCAGGACAGGUGCAGGAGUAAGCCCUCCAGGGCCUACGCCCGGGACUCGAUGGGAGGCAAGGUUCCCGAGAAGUACUAUCUCGUGCAGAACAACUCGGUGGUGCGCGUCAAGUACCUGCUGGUGUACACGGCGGUCCAGCCGCCGCCCACGCCGGAAAUCUUGCCGGCCGGCAUGAUGAGGCCCGUGAACCGAGCCUCCUACACUCCGAGGUGGCAUGACUACCUGUGCAAGAACAAGUCGUGGCUCAUGGUCGCCGCGUACGCGGCGCUGCUGUGCGGCAUCGGGCUGUCCAGUUCGCGCGUGGGUCACAAGCUCAUGGUGAAGCUGUUCUACUGGUGAACAGCCCGACGCCGGUCGGCAUGUCCGUCGCUUGUCUUCGGCGCGGACUAAAAGGAUUAACUUGUGAAAUUAGGUGGGCGUCCGUAGAUAACCUCGCGCUUAAAAUAGAAAUGCAAGGAUCGAUGUUCCUAUAUAGAAACUAAACAGGAAAGCGGGAAAAGAAAAGUUGGCGUUGGAGGCCGAUAUCUGACCUCGGAUGUCCACUGCAUUUUUUUUUUUUACGUGCAACACUAGUCAAUAAUUUUUGAAGGAAGACACUUUGAGACUUUUCAUCAGCGGAAAAAUGUGUGACAGGGUGCGGCGCUAAAAGUGCCUUUGUGAUACAAAUUAAGGUGCCAUCUGCUACGAAUGUGGUCUCGUGGUAUUUCUCAUUAAGUCGUGUCCGCUGUAUCUAGCUCGUGAAGUGCCUUAUUGCGUGGCUGGUAGGCUUAAUAUUAGCCGCCGUUUGUUAAAACAGGGUGACCUUUUUUUCUAUAAUACCGUGCUUGAAACGGAAGUUAAUAGAAUGAAUGAAGUUGUGCUUUCAUCUUGCUCAAAAGUGCGUGUAUAUAGCUGUUGACGCGUAUUUGUGCAGGCACAUGUUUUUCGGCGCUUCUAGAACGACGUGGUCUAUAACGUGCCCUUUUUAACAAGUGGCACGUUAUAGACUAAGUCGUGCUAGUGGUUUUUCAGCCCUCUUCCUCAUGUGCAGUACAAAUAGUUUUAUACGUCGUAACUGCAGGUUAUUUCUUUACGCCUACGUGCUUUCUUGUUUCUUAGCGUCUUAGAAGUCAUUGGACCAUCGCCGUGUAGAUUUUCGUUUAGUUAGGUAAUCUUAAAGACGCUGGCGCUCCUAUGUAGCGUGAGCCUUCUACUCAGUCUUUUUUAUUCAUUCGACUGUUCCCUAUCUUUUUAAGGGAACACUGUUCACAUAUAUACGGUUGCUGUAAUCUUUUUCUUUAUUUCUUACUCUUCAGUUUUGUAGCCGCGCUGCCGAGUUGCAGCUUGCGCUUUUUGCUCAAUUUCACUUCCUUUCUAUUAUUUAACUUUGCUCUGUCACUUGAUUCAUUUUUCACGCAAAUGCUACGAAUCUCGAAUUUAUGAGGCUCCGCGGUUCAUAUCUGUAAUGCCGCGACGUGCCGUAAACUACCAUGCACUGUCUAGGCUGCACUGCGCUAUUGGUUGGCAUCUUUACAAGCUCGGGGUCUAACAGCUUCCUUUGAAAAUGUCACACAAAACGUCGGUCGUGGAAUUUAUUUCUUCGUCCUUAAGUUCAAAGCUCUCUCGUUGAAGACUACAUGGCGUCGCCGCCCUGUAAAAAACAGAGGAGUCAAUAAACACUCUAUACUUUAUUCACGUUCAUGUACAUAUAUUUUGCCUUCGACUCUCCCAUUGCGUCUUUUAUGAUUUCAUUAUCAUCGAUUCUUUACUCACCAGUGCCUUUACUUCUGCAUUCACCGUCUGAACUGCAUCAGCUGCUUUCAUGUUAUACGUAGAAAGACGUCUUUCAGAACGCUUAAAGGCUGCUGCCUGGCUGUCUAUAUACUGUAGCUGGAACCUCUUUAAUAAUACCACACGUAUGCGCGAUAGUUAUACCUGCGAACUACUAUCUGUGUGGUAAUGAAGGGAAAGUAAGAGCGCCGGAGAUUCGGCACAUGUAUUACCGCGCCAAGUAGUCCGGAAACGUUUGGCAGAGUUCUUGGUAUCUUGGAGUCAGCUGCAGAAUCAGCGUAGCUUCCACGUACGACGGUUUCGCAUUAAAGAUGAAAGCGAAAAGGAUAAAAAAGGAGUCAAAUUUCACACAUAGUUGUUUGUUUGUCUUAUUUUGCCGUUGUUACCUAAACAAACGCGGAUAAAAUGUGGGACUACUUCCAGGAGCGCUCAUACUUGCGCACGCUUUGUAUCCGUAGUUUUUCCUUCGCGGUCACAUAUAAAGUUGUUCGCGGGUAUAGCACGGCAUCGCCUUUAAGAGUGGAACGCGAUAGCAUUCUAAGAUCCCUGACUGCUUCUCAUGCUUCCGGCAAGUGCAGCUUACGUUACCGUAACGUUUACCGGGAAACGCUGGCGGCGAACGCUAUGCACGCAGGUGAGCUUUCUGGUAGAAACCAACCUCCUUGGUAGAAACGCGGCCUCUUGCGUGGUCCAAUCCCCGAGAUAAUGCACAACUAUCCGCGCCAGAAAAUUACAUAAUUCUCAGGUUAUUCUGUUACUGUUUCGCGCUUUUAAUAUUACAGUCUGAGAAAACAACAUAAAAGGCUUGCGCUGUC